CCUCUCGGCCUCGCUGUUCGCAGUCUCACACGCAGUCUUCUCUCGCUCGCGCCGUAUAUCAGGAGCGCUCGUCGCUGCACUUCCUUUUGUAUUUUAAAUUCUCCUAGCGUAGUGUUCGUCGCGGAAUUUUCGUAUUCUCGCUCGCUUGACGAGCGCAUUUUCGAGUGCGACAAGCUUAGUUCGAGGUUCUUAUCAGACGACGCUCCAAGAACAGCGAGAAGAGUCGUCGACGACCUAGCGAUUCGAAGAUACGAGGCUGCUCGAUCGAUAUGCGACUCAGGGAAUCCGUCGCAAUCUCGGUGCCGCUGCAUCCUGUUCGACUGAACAACAAUAACCAGCUCCGCAGGCACAGCCCGAGCCGGAGCGUCAUCGUCGGAACGGUCGACGUCGGCAGCGGCAGCGGCAACGCUGGUGGUGCUCGUGAUCGUGAGAUCGACGAUCGCAACGAGAACGCAACCCCGCAGCAAGAGCCGGGUAGCACCCGCGCCGCCAAUACAACCUCGCAGCAGGAGCCGGGAAACUGGGAUUUCCCGAACGACGAGUCGUCGGCAGCGGAUUUCCGGCUGGCCGAGGACACUACCACGUGGUCUUCCUUGGCGGUCGCGCGCGACAAUGUGCAACAAAGCAAUCUGUCGUUGACGUUGACGCAGCACACCGUCAACGUCAAUAAUAAUCUCACCGAGUCGAAAGUACGGAGGAACAGCUCCGUCGAUAGCCUAGUCGAAUACGAAGGCACGAUCGGAGAGCAAUCCACCAACGUAAACAACAACAAUCUAACCGAGCUGAGGAUACUAAGUAGCAGCUCUAUCGAGAGUCUCGCCGAAUACGAAGGGCGUAACUCUCCGCAUGAGAACUCGUCGCACGAGCUGACACCGUCCGAGUGGUCAGACUGGUCCGAGGAAGGGAACCUGCCGGCGGGUUGCCGCGGUAUCGUCAAUCCCAACUACCCCGGCUUUCAGCAUCUAGCGCCUUCGCUUCUGUCGGACACCGAUUUGACCGAAGACGAGCGCGACAGCUGUUCCGAUCACCACCACCACCACCACGACGACGACGACGACGACGACGAGGUGACCCCGACGACGAGGUUGCCAGAAAACGACAACGAGUACAACAACAACAUCGACGACAGUAUCAAUCAUCUCUGCGGUCAGCACCACGAUCGCAAGAUUUUCUACGAAAAGCCCAAGUUUAAUAUACAGACUGUGACCUCCCUAUACGAGGCGGUGGUGCCGCCUUCGGAAAAGUGCAUCAACUACGUAAAGAGCGUGGAGAUCUCUAGAUCCGAAGAGAAGGCGCUUUCGCCGGAGCCGGAGCCGGAGCCGGAGCCGGAGGAGGUCGUCGUGAACGGCAUCGUCGAGGCGGAGACCCAUCUGACGCUCCUGGACGAGCGGGAAGAGAGUUUGGCUAAUCAGGUGGACGAGCGCGCUCCCGAAUUGUCGCAGGUGACCUUCGAGGGUAAACGUCAGAGAGAGGUACCCGUCGAGGUCGAGCUGGUGGAGUUAACCACCAGCGUGAACGAAAGUCUACAGUUUCCGGAGAUUGAGCAGAUCUUGGAUUCCGGAAAGACUAGUGAAAUCGGCGAGACGGAGGACGUUGCGGUGGAGCACAUCGACCUAAUACGCGAGGCAAAGGAGUUGCCUCACCCAGAUCGAUCCAAAAUAGGCAACCGUCAGCUGGUGACGACGACGUCGACGUCGACGGGCGGUUCGGCCGCCGACGACGACGACGACGACGACGACGAAUCGGAGAGCAACAGCGACUACUCCGAAGGCUUCGCCGAAGAGCGGCCGACAUACACGAAACUGGAGGAAAUCGAUUUGCUGUCGAGCAUCGGCCGUGACAUCGGCGUCGAUCUCGAAAAGUACGCUCAACCCGUACCAGACGUAGUCGCGAUGGAAUCGAUCGAAAGUAUACGCCAAUCGCGACCCACCUCGAUCAUCAAGGAUCAUCAAGUGGACACCAACAAGUUGUUGGAUCGUCAACUUUCGGAAGCCUCCAGCGCCGACGUUCGUAAGAAGGAGAAGAUGGCCAAGAACCAGGCCAAACGCCGUCAGCAACAGCAGCAGCAGCAGCAGCAGCAACAGCAACAAUCGCGAAAUUCCAACUCUCAGAGACGUCCCGAUAAACGCAGAAUUAACAUCGAUAACGGAUCUGGUGGUUUCGACGUUUACAACAUCGAGACAGCGAUGCCAAAGAUCGAUCUGGACGCGAUCGAGUCGCACCUCAGAGCUGCACGCGAGGAAGAACGUCGACGACGAAAUGAUCGCGAGGAAAUCAGAAGGAGGCUCGCGAUGGGACCUGAUGCCGAAGAUUUGCGCGCUGAACGUGGACGAAAACCUAGUCUGCAGUCGCGUCUUCAGAGUGGAAUGAAUCUCCAGAUUUGCUUCAUGAACGAGACAUCAUCGGACACCGAGUCCCCGGGUUCUGAAAAUGACACAUCGCCCGGAUCUACGCCUACGUCUCUUGGCUCGAAGCAACUCGGCGGAAAGCAGCAGGCACCGAUAAGACCACAGAUGUUGAGUCUUCCAUCUUUUAGACUCGAUGCAGGCGCAAACUCCAUCCCGCCGGUCGACGAAGCCGAUUUCUUCGCGCGGCAAGCUAGACUGCAAACCGAAGCGCGAAUGGCUCUGGCACAGGCCAAGGAAAUGGCACAUAUGCAAAUGGAAGUGGAGAGGCAGAGGUUGAAACAAAGCCCCAUCACAGAGAUGGUGCGAUGCAGCUUGGAAAAAGUCGGUGUACAGCUGGGAGAAGACAGACGUAGAUUGUCUCGUGUACUUCUCACGGAGUUGAAUGUCGCACAACUGCAAGUAGUGGCGAAUGACUUGCACGCGAGGAUCGCCGCAUUAAAUGAGGCGCUCGUUGAAGGACUGUUGAGGAGAGACGAUUUGCAUAUGGAGCAAGAUUCGAUGCUCGUUGAUGUGGAAGACCUUACUCGAUACUUAGGUGCCAAACAGGAAUCGUUGAAGAAGAAACAUCAAAACAUGCAGCAGGGGGCAAAUCGGAAUCAUCAGCAAUCCUCUCCAGCUCUGGCAAAGCUGUCGAUGAAACCGAAAUUGACGCACUUGAAUCGCGGCCUGGUUGCUUUUGUAAGAAAAUAAUCCUUCGCCACGAGACUGCGCAGUCUCGUUGGAAAUUAAACGUUGAGCGGAGAGGGGCACCACAGACUUUCAAUUAUAAUACAAAGGCGACGAAAAGAAGUAAAUUUUUCCUUUGAGAAAAGGAGAAUUUGUUUUGUUUUGGAAGGUGAAAAGGAGGGAAGAUGAAGAAACUUUCUUCGAUAGACGAAAAUAAAAUUUUCAUUAGGGGAAAAAAAUGAAGAAAGCUUCUUCAAGAAAGAAGAUGAAAGAUCUCUUUUUCAAGAAAGGAUGAUAAGGAAACUUUUUCUCUCGAAAGGAAAAAUUGUCAAACGUAAAAGGAUGAUUGCAUCCCUCACGUGUGCUAUAGAGGCCGUGGUGUCCACGAGAACUCUAAGAAAACGUAACGAUUAGCUCUAAUAAGGAUAAUAGAGGGAGAGCGGUAAAUAUUUAUCCCCCAAAUUUCCAAGAAAAUUUCCAAUUUUUACAGCUUCGUCGCGUGGUUAAUCACGUGGAAAUAGAAAGUUACGUAUGUAUGUACGUACUGCACAAGCGAGCAAAGCAACGAUCUUUCGUUUGUACUUUCAUUCGAGAUUCUCCGUUUCUUUCUCUUCAUCUCCCUCUCGUCUCUACUCGCUCGGAUUAUGCCUCUAAGCUCAGAUUAUGUCCCAUGACAUGCAUGCAUGUGUCUACGAAUGUAUCGAUUAUUAUUCGCCUUUAAAUAAUAGCGUUUUAUUAGUGAGAACGGCGUAUCCCUUCUCUGUUGUACAUAUAAUAAAGAUUUAUAUCAGAUUAUUGCCGUAUCGAGAUUUCACAUGGUAUUUAAAGAGCGCUUCGUUCCGGUCGUUCAAAGUAAGUCGUUCACGCGUGCGUUGAUGUGAUGUUAAUAUUUCGUAAAUAUUGUAUUUCAUAAAUAUGUUAAUAUAUCGUAUUAAUUUAAUUGCGUGUAGAGUAUUUGAACAACAAAUUUCUGUAUCUUACGAAUCCAUCCGUAGAUUUAUGAAUUCAAUGAGCCCAUAAAUAUUCGGAUAUGUAUACCUUCGAUAGCUUCGAUAGAUCUCUAAAUCUAUUAAUAAAAAUCAUCAGCUAACUAAACAAAUACUUAACGUACAAUUCGUCGUUUCACCCGGCUUGAUUGCACGAAAUAUCAAUGAAACGAUAAACCAGUUUUCAUCUAUCGAAAACGACGAAAAGAGUCACUAUACUUUCUUGAACACAAUGCGCGCGCAAGGAAAAGUAUAAGGAAGAUAAACGCCAAUGACAAAAGCAGAGAGCAAUGACCGUGGAGAACAAAAAUCGCGUUACAUAUCCAAAUAGAAGAUCUAGUAUGCAAAAAGCGAUUAAUUUCUGUGUGUGUGUGUGUGUGUGUGUGUGUACACACACACACACACACACACACACACACAUUCCCACAUAUAGAGCAAAAUUGUGAAAACGUAAUCGGAUAGAGAUAUUUCAUCGAGUGUACUGCAUCACCAAUUUACUCGUAUGUAGAAUCAUCCCAAAACGAUUUGGAAUUCAAAAUUAAAAUUCUUCAUCAAUAUAGAUUACUCGACUCUUGCAUUGUGUUAUUUUUGCAUGCUGGUCUCACAUGAUCUCAUUCAUACGCAAGACUUCAAAUGUAACCGAAAUAAAUUUUAAUGAAUCUAA